GCUGCGGGGCCCCGGUAGAGCUGGGCAGCUGGGCAGGCGGCCCCCAGGAGUGGCCUCCAAGGGUACCGAGAUGCGGAGCCUCCCCACCACCCAGGCCCAGCUCCAUAGCUCCUCUGAGCCUCAGAGCCACACCUGCAACCAGUGCAACUGCAGCCACCGACGCCGGGGCUGCAGUCAGAGUCCACCCAGCCACCACAGCCCACCUGGCUCCCGGAGCCGAAGCCAGAGCCCCAGCCCCAGCCCCAGUCCACCACCACGGCCCCACAGACAGCCUGUGCACUCCCGCCAUGGCCGCACGGGGCCCGGCCCCCACCACAAGGGCUCCAUUAACAGGAAGAAGACCUUGGCAGGGAAGGUAAACAAGAGAAAGGUGACCAAGAGGAGCAAGCGGGGACACGGAUCAAAGAGGCGGAGCUCAGGGCGAAGAUACAACUGAGGAGACAGCCUUUUCUGGCUUGUUCCUGUGUCAUUUUCACCCAAAGGAGAAAUGCCAUCACGUGUGGGAUGCCAGGAUAAAGUCCAUCUUUUUGCAGGAACAUGUUACCAUGGUGAUUUCUAAGCAACAAUGAUUAAACUUGUACCCUGGAAGACUAUUCUUGAGGUAGCAGUUCAAUUUCCCUAAUAAAGGUGUCACAUACUUUU